AACCCCGACAUUUUGGGAGGCCGAGGCGGGUGGAUCACUUGAGCCCAGGAGUUCGAGACCAGCCUGGGCAACAUGGCGAGACCCCGUCUCUACAAAAACUUAGGCGUAGUGGUGCGUGCCUGUAAUCCCAGUUACUUGGGUGGCUGAGGCGGGAGGGUCGAUUGAGUCCAGAGGUUGAGGCCUCAGUGAUGGCACCACUGCACCUCAGCCUGGUUCCACAGAACGAGACCCUGCCUUUAAAAAAAGUAGAGCUGUUUGUAGGCGGUGCUCUAUGUUGGACAGUUUAUUAGAAAUCUGUUGCUGCAUAACAAUCACCCCAAAGUUUAAUUCCAUAAACAUUUGUUGUCCCACAGGUUUUAGAGGUCAGGGAUUUGCGGAUACGUAGCUGGGUGGUUCUGUCUCCAGGCCUCCCAUGAGGUUACAGUCAGGGUGUAGGCCAGGGCAGCAGUUAUUGGCUAGGGCCAGAGGAUCGGCGUCCAGGAUGACACAGGACUGUUGGCUGGAGACCUGUUUUUCACCACAUGAACCUCCCCAUAGGGCUGUUUGAGUGUCCCUAUGACACGGCAGCUGGCUUCCCUCAGAGCAAGUGAUUCCAGAGAGACCAAAGCAUAAGCCACAAUGUUUUUUAUUACCUAGCUCCAGAGGUCACAUAUGGCUAUUGUCAUAUUUACAAACCAACCUUCUGUGAAUCCACCAAAGGUAUGAAUGCCAAUAGACUGGGAUUGCUGCUGGCCAUUCUGGAGGCUGACUACCAUAGAGGGUCUAACUAAUGAUAACUUAGAUGAGAAAGAAUAAUCAAGUUUCAUCCUUGUAUGAUAACCAUAGUCCAAAUCCUUGUAAGAGUCACAAAACGUUUCUACCAGUAGGUGGCAGCACUUGUCCACAUCGCGCCCUUCAUUCUGCAAAUAAAUAUGUACUGUCUACUUUGUAACAGAUGCUCCACAUGCUGGAGACUCACAAAAAGACGUGUUUCUGCCCACGCAAAGUGUAUAGCUGAGUGAAUCAGCUCUUGCAGUAGAGUGUAAAAAGUCUCUCCUUUAUGAUAGACAUAAAUACAGACCUGAGGAUUGGGGUACAGAGAGGAGGGUUGCUGUGCCUUAGGAUUUUUUUUCCUCCCUAGACAGUCUCACUCUGUCGUCCAGGCAGGAGUGCAGCAGUGCGAUCUCGGCUCACUGCAACCUCUGCCUCCCGGGUUCAAGCAGUUCUUUGCCUCAGUCUCCAGAGUAGCUGUGAUUACAGGCGCGUGCCACCACGCCCAGCUAAUUUGUAUAUUUUUAGUAGAGACGGGGGUUUCACCAUCUUGGCCAGGCUGGUCUUGAACUCCUGACCUCGUGAUCGACCCGCCUCGGCCUCCCAAAAUGCUGGGAUUACAGGCAUGAGCCACCGGGCCCCGCCAAGGAUUCUUUAGUAGUGAGCAAUGAGGAAUGGUGGCAGGACCAGGAAGACUGUAUGACCAGAGUGAUGGAUAGUAUAGGUACAUCCCAGAUAAAGAACCUUGGGCUAAGUAGAGGGUUUGGGACAUAUUCUAGAAUGUAUGGAAAGCCACUAGACAGUCUUUAGAAGGGGAGUCUUUACGCUCAGGUUCUUAAUUUUCAGCAAUAGAAGCUGGCUCUGGCUGACUAAGCAGAAAAGGUGUGCAUUAAAAGGAUGCUGUGGCCAGGCACAGUGGCUCACGUCUGUAAUCCCAGCACUUUGGGAGGCCGAGGUUCUGGGGUACAUGUGCAGAUCAUGCAGGAUUGUUGCAGAGCAGCUGAGUUUAAGGCGCAAGGUGGAGAACACAUCAGCUUCAAAGGCAGAGGGAACUGAACGUGCUCCCCACCUUUGGACACUUUCUCUGCUUGAGGACACCUUGACUAACCCCCAAGGGCAGCUAAAGGAUCAAGAAAGGCCCAGCACAGCAGAAGACAAGCUGGACCUAGUAACUGCAGGAGUUAAUUUCAGAUGUGUACAAAGAUAAUCCCAGUCCUCUGGGGAUGUUUCCUCCUGUGGAAUCUCUACAUAUCAUCUUCUUACACCAUUUACCCUGGAAUCAAGGCAAGGAUUACUCAGAGGGCACUUGACUAUGGUGUUCAAGCUGGAAUGGAGAUGAUUGAGCAGAUGCUAAAGCAAAAGAACCUCCCAGAUUUAAGCGGUUCUGAGUCUCUUGAAUUUCUAAAGGUUGAUUAUGUGAACUAUAAUUUUUCAAAUAUAAAAAUCAAUGCCUUUUCAUUUCCAAAUACCUCACUGGCUUUUGUGCCAGGAGUGGGAAUCAAAGCACUAACCAACCAUGGCACUGCCAACAUCAGCACAGACUGGGAAUUCAAGUCUCCAAUUUUCCAAGACACAGGAGGAGCUGAUCUGUUUCUGUCCGGAGUCUACUUUACUGGUAUCAUUAUUCUAACCCGAAACGACUUUGGUCAUCCUAUCCUGAAGCUCCAAGAUUGCUAUGCCCAAGUGAGCCACGCCCACGUUUCAUUUUCCGGAGAACUCAGUGUCCUGUAUAACUCAUUUGCUGAACCCAUGGAGAAACCCAUUUUAAAGAACCUAAAUGAAAUGCUCUGUCCUAUUAUUGCAAAUGAAGUCGAAGCACUAAAUGCCAACCUCAGCACACUGGAGGUUUUAACCAGGAUUGACAACUAUACUCUGCUGGAUUACUCCCUAAUCAGUUCUCCAGAAAUUACUGAGAACUACCUUGACCUGAACUUGAAGGGUGUAUUCUACCCGCUGGAAAACCUUGUUGACCCCUACUUCUCCCCAGUUCCUUUUGUGCUCCCAGAACGCAGCAACUCCAUGCUCUACAUAGGAAUCGCCGAGUAUUUCUUUAAAUCUGCAUCAUUUGCUUAUUUCACAGCUGGGGCUUUCAAUGUCACUCUCUCCACCAAAGAGAUUUCCAACCACUUUGUUCAAAACUCUCAAGGCCUUGGCAAUGUGCUCUCCCGGAUUGCAGAGAUCUACAUCUUGUCCCAGCCCUUCAUGGUGAGGAUCAUGGCCACAGAGCCUCCCGUGAUCAAUCUACAACCAGGCAACUUCACCCUGGACAUCCCUGCCUCCAUCAUGAUGCUCACCCAAACCAAGAACUCCACAGUUGAAACCAUCGUUUCCAUGGACUUCGUUGCUAGUACGAGUGUAGGCCUGGUUAUUUUGGGACAAAGACUGGUGUGCUCCUUGUCUCUGAACAGAUUCCGCCUCGCUUUGCCAGAGUCCAAUCGCAGCAAUAUUGAGGUCUUGAGGUUUGAAAAUAUUCUGUCCUCUAUUCUUCACUUUGGAGUCCUCCCACUGGCAAAUGCAAAAUUGCAGCAAGGAUUUCCUCUGCCCAAUCCACACAAAAUUUCAUUCGUCAAUUCAGAUAUUGAGGUUCUUGAGGGUUUCCUUUUGAUUUCCACCGACCUGAAGUAUGAAACAUCCUCAAAGCAGCAUCCAAGUUUCCAUGGUUGGGAAGGUCUGAACCUGAUAAGUGGAUGGUGGAGGGGGAAGUCAGCCCCUUGAUUGCUGGUUUACAAUUCACCCAGGCAGUAAAUGGUCCUUAAUCCCACAGCUACUGUAAACCCAGAAGGGGAAGACACUACACACUAGAAUUGUAAAGCCCUUCUGAAUUGCUUAGGCAGAAAGUUUUCUUUCUCAAGCCUUCAGGAACCUAGAUGAAGGCAGACUGUGUUAAAGGGCUAGAUAGAGGUGUCUGAAUGUGAGUGUAAAUAUGUGCCUGUGUUUAUGUUUGUUUGUUUGUUUGGGACAAGAGCUAGGCAGGUACUUCUGACCAGGUGGGUAAGAAACUGUAAGCCUGUAUUUGUAUUGGUCAUUCUCAGUGGAGAUCCCUUAGGUCCUCUGUGGGGUUUCCCCUGUCUGCAUAUUGGAUUUAACAUUUUAUAUUCACUGUUACUGUCUUCUGUGUUUACUUAAAAUUGUUUUCUAUCAAUUUCAAUCUUGGUUUUUUUUUUAUUUGAGAAAUAUCCUGCCCUGAAGUUUUUAAAAAUAAAAUAAGACAUACAAAAGCAAAGAGACCGAGGUUGUACAGAUGUCAAGGCUUGAUUUUCAAGGAGAAUUCUUUACCUCUGAAAUCUUUCCAAAAACAAACAGGGUAACCACAGGAAACUCUAGAAGUUGCGUUACUUCAAGUUUUAGGAUUUUUCACCCUCAACAGAUUCAAUGAAAUGGCAGUGCAGAGUAAACCCAAACAAUCCGUAAUUGAUAAUGAUAUUAAUGUGUCAGAGCACCUAAUCAACAGGGAGAAACCGGGGCAGAAGAGAAGAAAAGUGGAACCAGUGUAGAUAAUGUAAGAAAUGAAUGGCAACCACAAACCGUUUUUGCAGCACUUACAGUCUGGUGGGGGAAUGGAAGGAGGAGUAUGGUGUAUGGAGUACUUGCCAUGUGCCAAGCCCUGUGCUGAUUACCCCUCUAGUGUCACUUCAUUUAGUCUUCUACUCAAUAAAGAAUUACAAUCCCAUUUUAGAGAUGAUGAAACAGAUAAGAGGGGUUAAUCACACCAAGCCAAUAAAUGGCACAAAUAGAAAUUGAAUCCAAGUCCUUCUAAUCCCAAAGUUGUAGUUGUUUACAUGAGGCAGGACCUGAAACUGAAAUCACUUAAAGCUCGCUGAUCAAUACGAACAAGAGACAUGGCGUAUACCAGCAUGAUCCAAGAGGUCUUGAUCAUCAAAGGAGGCUAGACUGGGAGUUCUGGUGAUCCAUAAGAGUUGUGGUUUGAUCAUUUUGUAGUACAUGUCUGGUCAUAACUGAUGCACCCACAAGUGUUUGUUGGAAUAAAUGAUAAGCUG